UCGAAAGAUUAACUGCGGACGAGGAGAGAGAGAGCGUGGUUCAGAGGGAGAAAAACAGUGGCGGAAAGAAAUAAAAAUCUGAAAAAGAGAGAUCGAAGAAGAAAAACAAACCCUAACGAGAUCGGCGUGCUCCCUCGAUUCUUUUCCGCUCCUCCAAUCCUCUUCGCUUUUCAGUCCAGUCCAAAUCUUUGCAAUUGUCGGCUCGCUCGGCUCCUCAACCUUUCGAAUUGUUAGAAGGUUGGGUGCUGUGCUUUUCCACGGAUCCACCGCCGGAUCCCGGCUUCAGUCGCUCAAUGCGGCGUCGGGGAAACUGGCUGGCUUGGUCGCGUAGCCUCGUGGUUGGUGCAGAAGCCCUAAGUAGGGAGCUGCCCGAGGAGGGGAAGGAAUGAUUAACUCGCUGGAUUUGAUGCGUUUAGAAAAGGCUGUUGAAAUGCUGGUGACUAACUCAUUCUGGAUGGGAGGUUCUAUGCCAUUGACUUGUUUCGGCAUCUAUUAAUGAAUAUUAAUUUUCUCUGCAAAAAGGGGGCUAGAAGACUGAAAGAUGCCUUCUUCACCAUCACCGAGGCGCUCCCCUUCAAGGGAGCUUAAAGUGGAAAGUGCCCAUAAGAGGGGUGGUCACAGUUUGGAGGCUAGAUAUCCUCUCAAGGCCAAGGAUGAUGAUCUACUUCUGUUUAAUGAGGUGCAGAACUGUGAAAGAGACAAUUCCUUACUACACUCCUCUGAUGAUUUUGAUGAAUCAAUAUCAAAAUUGAGAUAUUUUUCGAAUAUCAAUCUUGGGACAACCAUACCAACACAAACAGAGAGCAAUGAUCUACUCAAUGCAGAUGGUGACAAAAAUGACUAUGAUUGGCUUUUGACUCCUCCUGAAACUCCUCUUUUUCCUUCACUGGAUGAUGAUGUGGAUGUGUCACAACCUAUGAAUUCAUCUAGAGGCAGGACAAGAAGUCAAUCUAUCUCAAUUUCCAAAACAACCAUGUCUGAAAAGACUCCAAGGCCAAAUAGAAGCAGUGAGAGUCCGCAUCGAUUAAGUUCAUCUCCUCGAUCUAGCUAUAGUAUCUCUAAUAUGAGAAGCAGGCCUACUUCAGUUACUUGCUCAAGCCCAUCUCCAGUUCGACAACCUGCAACAUCCUCGUGGAGAUCUUCUACACCUCCAACAAGAUCUUCACUACCUGCUCCAAGGUCUUUGACUCCAACAUCACGGAGGAUAAGCAUGGAUUCAUUCACGGGUAAAAGGUGGACAUCUCCUGUAACUGUUAAUCGAGGAAAUUCUGUUUCACCGAAAUUGCGAAGAUGGCAAACAGACCUUCCUGGUCUCACCACAGAUGCACCACAUAACCUCCGAACUUCUUUGACAGAUCUGUCAGCAACACGCUUGCAUGGUUUGUCUCCAAUAUCUAGAAAUAGAAGGUGGUCUACAUCAAAUUAUCGAAGGCACUCGAUAUCACCAACUUCUAAAAGUGUAACCUCAUCAUUCAAUAGCGGAGACCAAUUUAGCUCUAUUAGCAAGCAAUCUGCAACAUCUUCCAAUGAAGAUGAUGCUGAAUCACAUUCUUUGAUAGGAGUUUCUUCUAAUGUAUUUGCCACGAAAGAAAAAGAUUUUGCACACACUAGAGCUAUUGGAUUCUCCAAGAAACCUUCAAGGUCCCCCUCUUCAAGUUCUGCACCAAAGAAAUCCUCUGAUUUGGCUAUUAGACAAAUGGAUCACCAUAAAGCACCACAAAAUAUGUUCAGGCCAUUGUUGUCAAGUGUUCCUGCCACCACAUUUUACUCUGGAAAGCCAAGCAGUGUACAUCGGCAUAUGUUCUCCAGGAAUUCUUCACUUACAACCAGAAGCAAUGCAAGCUCUGAACUUGGUACUAGUGUGGCUAUUGAUUUACAGGAUAGUGAUCAUGAUCGAAGUGAUCUAGCUGGCGAGUGCGAUAGGACCAAGGCCACCAGGUUGCAAGAGGAUGCAGUAGAUAAAUUAGGUGAGAUUGGUGAAGCUACUUGCCAUGACACUUCUGUUGUGAAAUGUGGAAAUAGUAUUGAAAUCAUUGACAUGAGUAUGUUCAACGAAGUUGAAACCAAGUUGGACAAAUCAGCAAUCAGUGGCGGUGUCGCAGUAGAUACUGUAGCUUCCCAAGGUUCUUCAUUUGUUGUUGAGGUUUCAGGGAAUUAUGCUUCUGAAAAUAUGACUAGAUGCUCAAUGUGUGGAAAAUAUUUUGAUGCCUUGGAAAUGGACAAGAAUGUCUGUCAAGAAUGUUCAGUACCGUAUUGUUUGGCAAAUUCCAAGGAACCAAGGAAUAAUGUUCCAACCCAGGAAAUUGUUUCUGUUGAAAACUUAAGUAUUUGCUUGAACUGUGGAAAAAACUUCAUAGUCAAGGAUAUGAUUUUGGAUACGUGCCAAGAAUGUGAUGCAAUAUAUGGGUUGAUGGCCUUGAAAGGUUCUGGAACUACGCAAGUUACAACCCAGGACGAGUCUGAUGACAAGCUGGGUCAUGGGACACAAAGGGAAAUGACAUUGUCUUUACUACAUGAGAGUAAAGAUCAUUUAAUGCCCAACCAACAAGGCCGGUUUAGUGAAAAAGUAGAAGCUGAUUUCUCUGCUGACAGUGGAUCAUACUUGAGAACUGACAAAUGUGUGGAGAAUCCUUCUAAACAUAAAAUAUUAAAUUCGAAUGAAUUGGAUGAUCCAGAAUCCUGUAGUAAAUGUGAAUAUACUCGAUCACAAUCAACUCCCCAUCAUCUAAGUGACAAGGUUGGCAACCCUGAGGGCGUAGGCAUUGCAGUGCUCCUAGUGAACAGGUCAAGCAGCAUAAAAUGGCCUCUUGUGCGAGGAAAGAGUGUUUCUGCCACAAACAUUCUUUUUCCGGAGCCUUUCUAUGGAGGAACUGAUUUCAAUGCCAUGAAGCGCAGCCUUGGGAGGGACAGUUCUUCUGCUUCUUCCUCUAUUGAUCUGGGGCCAUCUGGACAAACAUACAGGAACCUUCUGCACCAGUUAAGCUACCAGAAGGAUGAUAUUGACAAUGCGAGCUGUGCAUGCCAAAUCAGCGUCCAUUCUGAUUCAGAAAAAUUUACUGUCAUUGAUAAACCAGUUUAUCCUCGAAUUCAAAUGGAAAAAGUUUCUUCCUUCGUUACAUUAGAUCUUGAAAAUGAAGUGGAAAAUAAAAUUUCUGAUGUUCAAAAGCUUGACAGUCUUUGUGGGAAGUCGGAUUUAAGUAUUUUAAAGCAAUCUGCUAUUGGCACAGAUGUAUCAUCCUACACUAGUUCAUCUUUGGCAUCGAGUGGCAUAUUACUAAAAUUGGGCGAAGAAAAUAGUCUUCAGCAGGAUACUCAUAUAGCAAGCAAUCCAGGUAGAAGAAGCCCUGUUGCUUGUGAAAACUUGGAUGAAGUUUGUUUUUAUAACAGCGACAGGAGCAAUGAAGAGAUUGAGAGGCUUGCUAACCAAGAAGCAUCUUUAAUUGAAGGCAUUGCAACAACUAGCUCGCCUCUUAUAAUCUUAGAUCAGCAAAGUGAAAUGGUAAGCUGCCUGGAUGCACAAGUUGAUUGUACCCCUGCUGUAGUUACAAGUUGUAUGGAGGGUUUCCAAGAAGAUUGCAUUUCAAAAACAGUGGACAAGGAUGUGUUGCUCUCUGAAUUGGAAUCUCAGGACCAAACAGUUGGAGAACCAGUUGUGACUGCCGAAUCUCUGAGAAAACAAAUGCAAAGGUGUUUUACACUGGAAGAAGCCAUGGAUACCAUUCUCUUCUGCAGUUCUAUCGUCCAUGAUACCGCCUACAAAGCUGCAACUAUUGCAGUGGACAAGGAAUUCCCUGUUAGUGAGCCUUCGCCUAAGCCAAUUGCAUUCCUGGCAAAUAGUGUUCCUGGUCAUCAGGAUUUCCGAAAAUCCAUUCGACAUAUGCGGAGCCCACAAAAAUUUAAACGUAGGAAGCCAGAAGUGGCUGAUAAGCUAUCGUCAGUUGAGAUAACCACAUUGUGUGAUAAUAAAGUCCCAGAGACAGAUGACAAUGCAAAACCCCCAAAGCUGGAGUCCAAAUGCAACUGCACGGUAAUGUAAGGAAUUCGUCAUGCGCAAAUUCAAUAUUGUCGAUCUGAUUCUCUCUUCACUACAGUAUAGCACCAAGUUCAGUAUUUUUUUCUGGGAAGACAUGAUUGUAUAUUUCAGAGCAGUGCCGUAUUUCCUUCUAUCUUGAUUUAUUCUUACGACGACUAAUGUCCUCGGCAACAGUUUCUGAGAGGAAUGGGGCAAUGGUGACUGCUGAGAUUUUUUUCCUUCUAGCCUGGUGGUGCGGAUGUUGGUGCUGGUUUCUUUCUUUCUCUCUCUCUUGUUUUUGAGGGAUGCACUCGUGUUUUUUUUUCACUUGUAAAUUUUGUCAUUAGUGUGGUUCUCUAUGGCCUUUGAAUCUAUUGUUGAAUAAAAUUUUAUGCUUUUUUGCAUCCA